AUGCGCGUCUUGUGCGGGCACUGCAAGUGGCGACAGCUCAGGCUCGGGUUCGAGCUCGACGAGUGCAUCGACGUCGACGACGGCCGUCCGUCGUUCGCCGAUGCGACGCCACUUUCAGGAAUCGUCGGCUAUGACACUUGCGACUCGUCGGAUGAUCGUAUCCUGCAACAAGAUAUGCCACCGGCUCUGCAAAGAGUCGAGAAUAGCUCACGUCUGCUCGAGGAUGCGUGUCAUAUGCUUAAGGGCGAUCCAUAUUCCGUGCCAGCCAGAAAGAAACUCAUUGACGGUGCUAGAGGUAUUCUACAAGGAACCAGUGCUCUCCUUCUUUGCUUCGAUGAAUCAGAGGUCCGCAAGAUUAUCCGCGGAUGUCGCAAGGUGCUUGACUAUCUCGCUGUCGCAGAAGUAAUCGAAAGUAUUGAUGAUUUGGCACAGUUUGUCAAGGAUAUUACUCCAUGGCUAUCACGUGUCUCAUCCGAUGUGUCAAAUCGACAGGCGGAGCUUACACACCAGGUUCAUAGGGAUAUCCUAUGCAGUUUAGAGUAG